GUCUCCGUGAAGAUAUGGACGGGACCAGAGCGUCCAGUUCCGUCGCCUGUCUGAGCACCGCGGUGGCUGCCGUCCUUCGUGCCGUUUUGUGGCCGACAGGCGAUUCGGCCGGAUUUGGAUAACUGGCGUUUUCAUUAUGCCCCCGGUCACCAACUGGAAAUCUGCUGGCAUCGAAAGUAUGCUGAACCGUAUCAAACAUUAUUUCAAAUACUGCGGAAAUGGAAACUUACAAAAAGCAGCUUCUAAUAAUUUAUCUAACUAAGAUGUUUUUAAUGAUUUAUUUUGAUGCGCUCGAGAAAUGUGGAGCGCGUUUAUGAACGGCUCCGGGCCGCAUGGUGGGGGCGGUGCUGGCGGGGGAUACGUCCCGUCUCAGGGAUGGGAGUUUGUGCCCUGCUCCGGGAUGGAUAGGGCAGACAGAGGCAGAGGGAAGACCCGCAGUCCGCUGAGAAGGAUCUCCUCUCCGCCCACUGUCUUCAGUCAGAUCUGUGAGACCCAGCUCGGUGCUUCGCCGGUCGGAGGGGAAGGUGGACCAGGGACACAGCUUGAGAUCCUCAGGGGACAAAUGUGGCCGGGUCCCGAACCCCAGCAGCAGCAUAAAACACAACACACGCGGCUCAAAAAGAAAUUUGAGGAUUUGAAAAAGCGACAUGUACAGGAAAGGGAGGAGUGGGUGCGCGAGAAGGAGUCAUUGUUGAGAGAAGUGGCUGACAUACAAGGAGGGGAGAACAGGAGGAUUCUGCUGGACCUGAAAACGGUUUUGGAGGAAGUGCAGGCGGAGGUGAAGAAAGAGGAGGAGAAGAGAAGUGAGCUCCAGCUGCAGUACACCCGAGACAGAUGUGCCUGGGAGCUGGAGAAGGCCGAGCUCAAAUGCAGGAUUGCACAGUUGGAGGCUAGAGAGGGUACUGGGUUGGUGAGUGGAGGGGUCCAGUCAGCAGCAGGUCCUGGCUGUGUGGCGUCACACAGCAUUCAAGAACAACAUAGUGAGACUCCAACUCUCCUCUGGGAGAAGGAAGAGCAGCGAAAGCUCCUGGCAGACACACACUCAACGGCCAUGGACCUGCGCUAUCGCCUUGAGCACAACGAGAGGGACUGGAUAAGGGAAAAAGCCGAGCUGCUGGAGAGGUUUGACGUAGAGAGGAGGGAGUGGGAGAGCCAGUUGAAAGAUAUGCAGAGGAAAAUAGAAGAGCUGUACUGUGAAGUGAGAGCCAAGCGAGAGGGGACCGGACUGGACAGUGGGAGGCAGGACGACGAUGAUGUUGUGCAAAGGCUCAGCAUGCGUUCAACCAGCACAGGCUCCAGUCUGCUUAGUGACAUCUCCCGCUCUGAGCCGCUCAGCAGUAGCAGUCAAUCAGAACCCAACAGACAACCCCCAUUACCUGGCUAUGGUCACAACAGAAACAUCAGUGGUGGUGGUUGUGCAGACAGCAUCUGUGAAUGUAAUGUUAAACCUCAGCUGGUGGAUGAAUUGAGAUCCAGAGGCACUUGGCAGCAAGACUCUGUUGAUGAUAGCAAGGACGCUGUGGAUACAAUGGAGCUGGAUGCUAUAUUUCGUGGAGCUCCUGGAUGUGGAAUGCUGCAGAAAAAAGCCUCUAAAGGGAUUGAAAACAAUGUCCAUACUGGUCCACGAGAAAGUCCUGUUUGGGCAGAGCUGAGUUAUGGCAGCGGCAAGAAGAUGAACACCUCUGCUCUCAAUGCUGCUCUGAAGGAGAUAGCCCGUGUAAGCGAGGAGCUUUGUAGCUACCAGGAUGAGAUCAGAAAGAAGAGCGGAGAUAAGAGGAAUCGAACUGAAUCCCUGUGCCUAACUGAGGAGAGGGAAAUGCUGUUUGGCCAUGAUACAAGCCAACUGGUGGAUGAACCUCCCUGUGACUUCAGCCAGAUCUACAAUGACCUCCGGGCCUUUGAAAGGGAAAACUGGAUCACCUUGUCACCAGAUAACCCCUGGCAGGCGAACAGAGCUCCCAGUGAGACCCUGAGAACAAGUGCCGCUGAUCCAGACAGCUACAGAGACACACAGACAAGCCCUGGAAUACUCCCUGAGACGGAUACAGCUGCUCCACCCAUCCCUCCUCGCACCUCCUCCUGGAAUCUGAGCACACCUACCCAUCCUGACACAGAACUCCACAUCCCAGAAUCCCCUAUGACGACAGUGAGGAAGUGCCAUAGCCCCUGUGUUCUAGUGGACAGAAAGUGCAGCAGCCCAUCCAUUGUCAGGAAGUUUGAGGCUAUGCUACAAGAAAAUGAGGGCAAAGUUUUUGUAGACGGUGUGGGAGCGUCGUGCUCUGUACCUGCUAACUCUAACUGUAAUAUGGGCUGCUGCCACAACCGCUGGUCCUGCGAUUCAAGCAAGCUCAGUAGCAGUAAGUUGUCUGCAUAUGGGACAGUACAGAAAAGCUUCUCUGAAGUCAACAUAGUGAGUGCUGAGAAAGUCUCAGAGUACAGCCCAGGUGUCGGUAACUUAAAAAACCCUGAGCCGCAAAUGCCUCCCCUCAUCAAAGAAUUACCUGCAGAUUUGCUGUUGUCCUCCCAGGAAAUGCCACCUGCCAGCCCCAACCUCCAGGGCCCUAAAAGAAACAUAAAGCUGGAACAAAAAACAGCUGAGUUCAACAGAACUUUGUUUCAAGCUGAGAUGGGGCGUGGUGUAGAGGAACAAGACAGUUUUACUGUAACAGAUGCCUCCCAUCUUGGCUGCCAACCGGUCCUUAAAGCAUCAGAUGAGGUUUUACCUCCCAGGGAGACUAAAUUUCAGUCACAUUGUACUGAUGUCACCACUGGCAUUAUGGGUUUGCAUCCUGAAGUCACAUUAUCUCUCUCCACUUUGGAUUCCACAAUUCAGAGUCCCGAGGUCCAACCAAGGCAAAUGAGAUGUGGUCAGGAAGGUCAAGAGGUCAGAAGGAAGCAAGAAAUCCCUUAUGACCUUCCACCUGAACAGCCCCAGGUCGGACUCAGGGAGGCCACCACAAAAACCUUUCAGAGUCCUGCUCACCAUUCUGAGGUCAAGCACAAAGUUAGAACAGCGAGCAGUCCUUCCAUGAAAACACAACAAAGAGCAGCCACAGAGGCUCUCUUUUCUGAGCCCGUCUUGCCUGCAAAUAGCCAGCCAGGUCAGACUGUGGAGGGUUCCAGCUCUACCAAUGAGAAUCCACAUGGAGCAAAGCCUCAGCCAGCCAGAGUGGGCGUCUCGCUCCAGCAACCGCCUGCAGAGAACAAACAAAGACAGAUGACACAGCCAGGGCACCAGGCACAGCCAAGGCAUGUGUCUUUACCUCCUUCCCAGUCUGACUUCUCCAGACAUGGGCCUCGAAUGAUGAAUGACCAUCCGUGGAAGCCCCUCACUCUAGCAGCGUACCCACGACCUGAGGGCUCCAGGUCCAACUACGGGGCAGUGGAAAGGAUUCUGAAGAAUUAUGAGAGCGCAGCUCGGGCUCAACAAAGCCAAAAAAGCGAGACGGCUUCAAGUCCUAACCUUAGUGUUAGGCAGGAGGAGAACGUCACAGAACUGGACAUGCUGGACAUGGACCCUCUGCCCUUACCCCAUACUCUGAGGCACACACAGACUUCACACACCUCACAGACACACACCACUCAUGCACAGCUCACUAGCCACACUGCCAUGGGCGUGAAAGAGAUACAGCUUAUAGUGCAGGAAAAUGAGGAGUCUUCUGUCUCCUCUCUAUCCGUCCAGAAGAACUUCUCGAGGCCUUCCCGUCCUGCCAACCGACGCCUCCCCUCCCGAUGGGCCAGCCACUCCCCCACUUCUUCCUCCUCCACCUCUUCAACUCCCUCCAACACCCCCGUCGUGCCGCCAUCCUUGCCCCUCCAGAAACACACUUCUUCUUUUACCUACUCACACGGCUUUCACAUAGAGACUGUCAUCAUUUGAUCUCGCCUCACUGUGCGUUUGAACCAACCAGAAGCCUUCAGUGGUAACCUCCGAACUUUCCCUUUCUCUUUUUCAUCAUCACUGUUGUACAUACCAAACCCAGACUGCUUCUCCAUGCCUAGAGACUCAGAAGUGCUUUAGUUGUGAGUUCAUCAACUCACCUUUAGAAUGUAUAUGGCAUCCAGUGGAGCCUAACUGACCAAGGAUGGCAUUUAAAGGAUCUGAAGCAGUUUGAGUUAUUCACCAGUAUGCUCCUAAUUAACCUGCCAGGCAUCAAGCAUAGCCUCAGAGGACAGUCGCAACACCACUUUCCAAAGGAACAGUCACAUCCUAUGUGUCAUUCAUUCAUGCCAACCAUCUGAAUGGAUAUCUUAUGCUCAGGUCUGGAUUCCAGCCUUGACUAGUGUAGCCUUGCAGAUUUACCAACAACAGACCUGUCACUACUCCUUCUGUUCUAUAUAAAGUAUUUACACAUUUAAAAGUGAAGAUAGCUCAUAUUCAAAUGAUCUACAAACUUUCAGCCAAAUAAAAUCCAGAAUGAUGUAUUUAAUAUGUACUAUUUUGUAUUUUCUGUGCAACAUGUUUUGUGUGUUUUUUGCACAAAAUAUGAUGUUACAUACACAAUAUGCAGCAUCAUGUUGGUUUCUGAGAUAAAGGCAGUGGAGAAGAUUUCCCCCACCAUCACUCUCUGUUUGCUGAAUAAAGCAGUGUUGGUUUUCUGCCUUCUUGAAUAGUACCUACAGUAGAUGCUUGGACUGUACCUUGCCUGUGUAACUCACUUGCCUGUCUAACAACAUUUUACUUUAUGCUCAUGAUUGGCUUUACAUUCUUCAUGAUUAAGUAAAAACAACAUUCAUCAACAGAUAGAUUAAAUUGUGAGUUCUGUUUUUAUAACUUUGUACCAAAGGCUGGUUUCUUUAUAUACAUUUUCCUGAUUUGAAAAUUAAAUGCAUUGUUUGUAAUGGCAUUUAUGUUGCCUGUCCACCCAUUGCUGAUGUUUUCCAAUCAAAAUGUACGUUAAACAUCUUUCAUGGGAGUCUGCUUCUGUGCAUAACAUAAGUAAUGAUGCUUAUAAAAAAUACUGAAAAGCCUUUUUUUCUACUUUUAGUAAUCCUGAAUGGUCACAUAUCAGGACACUCAGCUGAGUAGUAUAGUUUUUUUUGGGUCAAAAGAAAUCAUAUCAUGGUGAAUCAUAUCAUGAUGAAGGUGAUGCCU